CAGCGCUCUAAGCUCAAACGCUACGACAGACGACGGUCAUGGUUUCUGCUGAAAAUCUCAACUACGAUGUCUUGGAACUCAUAUUCACCUUCCUCUUUCUCAAUGAUCUUGCCGCCGUUUCGCAGGUCAGUCGGUCAUUUCGAGCUGGAUGCAUCCCUCGCCUGUACAAGACUAUCAUUUUUCGUCACGACUUGGCGAAACGGUACCCGCGACUCAUGUCUCCAUUUGCUGUGAUCUUGGCACAUCCGUAUCUUGCAGUCCAUGUUCGUAGAAUUGACAUACGUUCCAUCCCUGUCCUCCAUUCCCAGCACUCAUCGCAAGCUCACCCUGCUUUCCUUCGGGACUGCAUUGACGUGAUCGCUAAAUCCUCAAACCUGAUAUCAUUCACGUGCACUCCGUUCAACAGUUUGCCCCCGUUUCUUCCAUCGCUACAAGAAAAGGGGCGCCUACAGAGCCUCCGCAUCAGCGCAAGCAGCCUGGCUAGCGAUGCUUCUGCGAAGCUUCUUCACCUCUCUGGCAUCAAAAGCCUCACCCUCGAGAACGCGUCGUGGAUCGUGGUCGAUUCUCUGCCAAAGUGGAUGGAGUCGUUACAGUCAAGCAUCACCUAUUUAACUCUCUAUAUGAUAUCAGACCUCAAUUCUAACAUCCUCACGUCCAUGCUACCGUAUCUACCUAGACUGCGAGGCUUGCACAUAAUCGGCUGUCCGGGCGUCGACCAUGUCGCUAUUGUUCACGCUCUACGCCACUUUCCACUUCUUGAAAGCCUUGCCUUUUCAAUGUCUGACACCAAUCGCUCCCUCCCCGAGCACAUCCCAGACUUGUCCCUCACCCACCUCCGUCACCUAGCCAUCGACUCCGAGAUAUACGGUCGUCUCUCAGCUCCUACAACGCCUGGCAUGUGGUCCUCACUUUUUACGACCUUACAACUAUGGGCCUCGCCGCUCAUGUCAGUCGCGUUGAAACCGUCGACUAAGGGAUCAUGUCAGGCGUUCUUGGAGGAAAUGAUCGAAUUUCACGCAUCUACUCUCAAAUACCUGAGUAUUCUCAACUGCUCGCUCAACAUUAAUAACAUCGCAGACAUCGCGGAGAAGUGUAUAGCGCUCGAGAGGUUGGCUAUGCCCGUCGCAGACGUGCGCGAUCUUACUGGCUUCCGGCUAGCGCUCAGGAUAUCAUCAUCUAUACACACUCUCAUUGAUGUCGGCGUUUCACAUACAUCACAUGGCCCGCGUGUGUCACUCACGAACGGCCCCGUUCGUCGAAUGAUGGAAGAGAUCCCUUGCUUGAGGAAAGUCGUCAGCGAGACUAGACACUGGACGGGUACACCAAGCCCGAAUGGUAUCCAAGUGACACUUGAACGCAAGAAACAUGGUGCUUCGUCGCAUUGGUUUCUGCCACCUUAAAACCCUCCUCAAGUCUACGUGCAUCCUCAAAAGCGAUUGUCAUACCUUUCAUCGUUCUACAGACCCCAGCCUAACAAGUAUCAUACGCAUCGAUGUUAACAUUCAGUCUCGCAGUUUGUUUCCAUUUUCAUCCUUCAGUAUCCUAUCUUUUUGCUAUGGCCCAGAUC